GGGCCUAGGUGUCCCAGACACCCUGCAGGCGCAGACCCUUCACUGCUGACCCCUGCACACUCCAGCCUCACCCCCGCCUAGCCAAGCCAUGACAGGAAAGGCGGCCUCUGAGGCCACUGGUCCAAAGGAGACGGCGUCAGAGUCUGCCAGUGUGCCCAUCACAGAGCCUUCUGGAGAAGUGGCAGCACCGGAGUCCAAGGAAGAAGAACAGGCUCAGGAGCCACCGGAGCCACAGGACCCUGCCUCCCAGGCAGCUGCUCCCACAGCUCCCACAGCUGCCAAGCCUGCACCCCCGAGCGAAGAUGUCCCCAGCGCGCCGCUGCUGCUGACCGUGGAGGACGUGAGUAGCAGCUCCGUGACUGUGAGCUGGGAGCCCCCCGAGAGGCUGGGGAGGCUGGGGCUCCAGGGCUACGUGGUGGAGAUCUGCAGAGAGGGAGCCUCAGAGUGGGUACCUGUGAAUGCCCGGCCCAUGAUGGUGACCCAGCAGACCUUGCGGAACCUGGCUCUAGGAGACAAGUUCUUCCUGCGUGUGGCUGCAGUGAGCUCCGCGGGGGCUGGUCCCCCCGCUGUGCUGGACCAGCCUGUGCACAUCCAAGAGAUCAUUGAGCCCCCCAAGAUCCGUGUCCCCCGCCAUCUUCGUCAGACUUACAUCCGCCAGGUGGGAGAGUCGGUCAACCUUCAAAUCCCCUUCCAGGGGAAGCCCAAGCCUCAGGCCUCAUGGACACACAAUGGCCACGCCUUGGACAGCAAGCGGGUAAACAUUCGCAGUGGGGACCAGGACUCCAUCCUCUUCAUCCGCUCAGCCCAGCGCUCUGACUCAGGCCGCUAUGAGCUCACUGUGAGGCUGGAAGGCCUGGAGGCCAAAGCGGCCAUCGACAUCCUGGUGAUCGAGAAGCCUGGGCCCCCCAGCAGCAUCAGGUUACUGGACGUCUGGGGUUGCAAUGCUGCCCUUGAGUGGACACCACCCCAGGACACGGGCAACACAGAGCUCCUGGGCUACACGGUGCAGAAGGCAGACAAAAAGACAGGGCAAUGGUUCACAGUGCUGGAGCGCUAUCACCCAACCACCUGCACCAUCUCCCACCUCAUCGUGGGCAACUCGUACUACUUCCGGGUCUUCUCAGAAAACCUGUGUGGCCUCAGCGACUCAGCCACCUCCACCAAGGAGCUUGCGCACAUCCGGAAGGAAGAUAUUGCUGCCAAACCUAAAGGGUUUAUUGAGCGAGACUUCUCGGAAGCCCCCUCGUUCACCCAGCCCCUGGCUGACCACACCUCCACCCCUGGCUACAGCACUCAGCUGUUCUGCAGCGUCAGGGCAUCGCCCAAGCCCAAGAUCAUCUGGAUGAAAAACAAAAUGGACCUGCGGGGCGAUCCCAAAUACCGUGCCCUCUCUGAGCAAGGGGUUUGCACCCUGGAGAUCCGGAAACCCAGCCCCUUUGAUUCCGGGGUCUACACCUGCAAGGCCAUCAACGUGCUGGGGGAGGCAUCUGUGGAUUGCCGGCUGGAGGUCAAAGCCUCAGCCACACACUGAAGAGCAAUGGGAGGAGACUGGUAUGAGGAGACAGGUCCUGCAGGCCUGAGGGGUCCAGCCCCCAGGCCCAAAUUCUAGCUUGGCAGAUACUCAAGACCUGCAUUGCCAUAGCAACAACUGAUGGAACUGCCCCUACCUGACAACCUCCUGUCCCCAGAGGCUGGAGUCCAGCACUCAGGAGAGGGCCUGGCAGGCCCCAGGUCAGGCAAUCUGGGCACCAGGGGGCCAGAAAGGAACGGAGAUUGGAGUGCCCUGCAGAGUUGUGCCCUGAGUAAAAAGCACUCAAAUAAAGGCGUGAUGAUGUUG